AUGAGUAACGAUGUAACCAAGAAGAAGGGAAAGGCAGUCGGAGAGAAAAAGACUAAAAGAAAAGCCAAGAGGAGAGAGACUUAUGCAGUGUAUAUCUAUAAAGUUUUGAAGCAGGUCCAUCCUGACACUGGCAUCUCCAGCAGAGCAAUGAGCAUAAUGAAUUCCUUCGUCAACGACGUGUUUGAGCGCAUUGCAACUGAGGCAUCUCGUCUGACCCAGUACAACAAACGCUCAACCAUCACCAGCCGAGAGGUACAGACCGCAGUCCGACUCUUGCUACCUGGAGAGCUGGCCAAGCAUGCCGUGUCCGAGGGCACCAAAGCUGUCACCAAAUACACAAGUUCAAAGUAG